UCACUAUUUGAUCGUCACUAGGUCGAGUUAGAUACUCCAUGGAACGAAUAUAUAUAAUCGUCCAUAUACAAGCCGAUCCAAAUGGACGAUUACGAUAUUUGGUAGAGUUACAACUGAUUUGAAACACAUAGUAUUAGAUUUAGAUCUAGAUCUAGAAACAGUUAGAUCUAGAAUGGUAGGCGUGCCAACCACAGUUUCAGAAAAAAAAGUGUUGUAAGGUCAAGAAAAAAGCCUACUUUAUUGAUUUCACCUGUAUGAUUCAGGGAAUAACAAGUUGAGGAUGGAUACUACUACAGAUGUUCUAGAUCUAGAUGCAGAGACAGGAGAACUCGUACCCGCACACCAAAUUUUGGUAAACUAUGGAAAUAAUUUGAUGACGGAUACUACUACAGAUGUUCUAGAUCUAGAUGCAGAGACAGGAGAACUCGUACCCGCACACCAAAUUUUGGUAAACUAUGAUACUGUGGAAAUGAAGAAAUUCCAAACCCCAGAACCUGACCUGAUGUUAAAUAGUCUACUUAGAGUUUUAAAUUUAUAUAGCACAGUAGUUAAAAAAGUUACACAUUUAAAAAUAGACCUUCAAAAUUACCACACUGAAGGUUCAACUAUGACUUGGUUUCAAUGUUUUAAAUCAAUUGAGAACAGUAUAAAUUUUGAAUGCGAGACAAAUCCUUAUGAAGAAACAGGUCAACCAAACUUCAGAGAAGUUUUAUGCCUUGCAUGUGUGUUUUCUGCAUGUAAUAAAAGUCUUCUUGGACUACUAAAGUCCUCUAGUUCACAUACACUUGAAAGGACCACGCUCCUAUUCCUUGUGGAGAAAAUGUCAGAUGCAUUGGACACAUUCCUGAUGUGUAUCCCUUGGGAUGAUUCAUGGAAGGUAAUGCUACUGACUCAGUUGCCAUCACUGGAAAAUGCACUCAUGAAGUUCAUGAACUCUUUCACAGAACAGUUCUUGCUAGAUCAACUUAUCAUCUAUGACAUAGACAUUUUAUGUUCGCUAUUGUGUUUGCGCCAAAAGUUUGCAGAAAGUCUGAAAAAAAUCACCACAGAGUGGUGGUUCCACCAAGAACAAACAUAUCAUAUUCUUGGUUGGUUGAAGAAUUUUAAAGAGUUAUUCCAGUCAGACAAUGUAUUUUAUGACAUGGGCUUUUGUGAAAGCAAAGCAAAAUGGAUGGCUCAAAGAUUACCAAUAAGCAAUUGGAUUCUGCAGACUCCAUACUACUGGGUGAAAUCCCACAUAAUAAGUACAUAUUCCAAUCAUCCCCUUUUGGCAGUUUCUAAAGAUUUUCCUUAUGAACCUGUAUUUCAACCAGCCACUUACCCGUACCCAAGUCAGAAUACAGUUUUUGAUACAAGAGUUGAUUUACUAAGUCCCAGACAAGAAGGUACUGCCAUAAUUAAAGUCAUUAAUGCAAUCAGUUCCUGUUGUCAGGCAACUCAAAAUGUUAUCGACAGUUUUCUAAGCCAACAUGCCUUAAGUGACCAAGAUUUUUUUUACCAUGGCACGAACCAUAAAUCAGCUGUCAACAUUAUACAGUGUGGGUUACAGCCAACUGCUGGAAGGUCAAGCCAAGAUUUCUCGAGCCGUGAUGGAGUAUAUUUUUCGGAAUCAUUUUUAGAUGCCAAAGAAUGGGCUUCACAGAGAUUUGCUAAACCUGCAGUAAUGAUAUUUCAAGUCCCAAUAGUCAUGCUCUUUGAAUCUGUUAACAAUGGACGAGACCUAACACCAGAAACACAAGAAAAUCACCAAGAAUGGGUUCAGACUGUAAAUUUCUGCAGAAAUAAAUACAGGAAGAAGCAAGAAGAACCAGCCAAUUUCAGAUCAUACAAUUUUAUCAGGGGUGCGAUGUGCCGAAACCCACAUCAAGUAAGACGGAACCUUGCACCGAUAAAAAGUCGUAGAAUGCAAUUGUGCAUCAGAAACAUUGAUUAUGCUAGCCAUUUUGGAAGUUUAAAUAAUCUUUUGGUAGUUGUUUUCUACAAAAAUAUCUACUAGUCAUUUUUUUGACAUAAAACCAUGUUCCUGACUUGAAAUUUCAUGUUACUGUAGCUCUUUUUUUUGUUCCAAUUAAAAACAUUAACAGAUUAAAGUAUUGUUAUGUUAAGAAUGUUGUCUAUAUGAUAAAUAAUUCUAACCAAAUCACUUCUAUGGUAUAAUUGGCCAUCUUACACUUCUUGGGAGGCUUUAAGACCAAUGUUAUAUGCCAACAAUGUAAAUAGAAAAAUAUGUUGCUUCGAGUUACAAUUUUUUGAACAAUAUUCUUAGUCUUUUAGAAAAAUAUCUGAAACUAGUGAUUUUUUUAAUACAUAAAACAAUGUUCCUGACUUGAAAUUUCAUGUAGCUCUUUUUUUUGUUCAAAAUUAAAAAAGCUAACCAAUUAAAGUAUUAUGUUAAGAAUGUUGUCUAUAUGAUAAAUAAAAG